GGCAAAGUGUUGAGAUGAUAUGCAGUAGCUCUGUCAACAAGGUUGGGGUACCAGCUUCCAAGUGAGGGGCAGAACGCGGGAGCUCUCAUGCAGGGUGCAUCGAUGCCCAUCAUACACCCACCGCGGACCUCCGAGCCGACAUCGCCGUCCCUCCGCGCUUUUCUCUCGACACCUUCUCAACCCGUUUGACUGAUUCUAACCUGAACUCGUGUAUUGUGCAGUCAAAGAAUUGGUCGAGAACCUCUGGCGCCCUGAAGAUGGCUGUAAAGGGAAGUAGUAAAAUAAGGCAGCCAGCCGGCUGACUGUAUCGGACGGCAUCGCUGCCCAUACAUAAUACCUCUGUAGAGCCUCUCAAGUUUCUGAUCUCAAAGCAUCUCUCACCGUUCAUACUCGUCUGAACAAUUUCCUACACUCCCAAAAUGUACACAGUCUUCAUGUUCGUUGUCCGCAAGCCCGGCACAACCAUCUCACAAUUCAAACACCACUACGAAACCAAGCACCUCCCACUCGUCCUCGAAAUCCUUGGCGACGUCAUGCCUGUUCGUCACUCACGUCACUAUCUUUCACGAGCUGGAGACACCGACGAUGCCCCACCUCUCGUCAUCCUUGGCAACCCAGACGCAGUCGACUACGACUGUAUCACUUUAAUCGAGCUAGAGGACGAGGCCCAUUUCCAGCACUUCAACGAGGCGUUUGCGAACAGCCCGCGGCGUCAGGAGCUCGAGGCUGACCAGGAUGAGUUUACGGAUAGGGCCAAGCUUCGCCUUGUGGGCGUGGAGAGUGUGAGCGUGACGGCACGGUAGAUGAGGUGGCCUUGAUAGUCGCACAAUCUGGCUAGUGUUAGUAAUGUGGAUCUGUUAAUAGACAUGAGUGUAACUUGAGGGGUUCGCAUGUCUGGUAACACAAUAUCUCUCGGCGUAUACCUUCCUGGAACAGACAAGCGACAAGACAAACUGCCUGCCCCAUUGACAGUUGCCUAUUCGCAGAAGCUUUGUACAACAAACGCCUUUCUACUGUUCCAACGCAGAACAUAAUCACAACCAGCACUGGUCUCUCGGAUAGUUGAAAUAUCAGGAACUAAGGUGCAGCGAACUCUUGCAACAACUUUACAACUACAUCCCAGACUAGUGUAAGAGUCUUGUACCUAAAUUCCCAUCAGUAUACGCCUGACGUGCACCUUUGUCAAGUUUAUCAGUCUAGUUUUGAAGCUUGUAGGAGCUACAAAGACCACAGCUUACUUCCCGUUUUUACACUUGACCGAGAGCUGAUGUCGCACAUGGCUCCGUCCCAUGUUCACGG